AUCUCCUAGGUUAGUAUAUUUUUUCCGAAAAAAAAAAUUUCAAGUACAAGUAGAAUUGGCAACUAAUCUUCAUCCUUGGUAGCUAUACCAAGCUCCCUCUUCUCGAUCAGCUAGGAUGAAGAGGGGCUUCAAUGGAGUUUUUAAAAGGAAAAAGCUUUCCUUUUUUUCUAUUUUGUUAAUGUCCACAACUAUCAUAUUAUUGUCAUGGGAGAGUCUUUCUGCACUUAUUCCCCCUUAUUCACAAAUGUUGCUUCCUUCAGAAUUUUUCUCAAGUUUGACGAAUGAAGAAGCAGUUCUCCUUGAAGCAGGGGAUAUCCAUGGAGUACCCACUUUAGAAAAAGAAGAAAAUAGUAGAACAAAUUCUAUCAUUGGCUUUCUAGAGAAUGAAUCUACAGAAAAUAAUGAAGAUGUUAUUCCAAAUUUGUUCAAUGAAGAAAUAGAAGAUAAAAGUUUAGAGCAAGAACAUACGUUAGAUUCUAUAAGGGAUUCUCCACACAAUGGAUCUUUAAUGAAUGAAGAUUGUAACUACGCAAAAGGAAAAUGGGUGAUCGACAACCAUAGACCUUUGUAUUCAGGAUUUGGUUGUAAACGAUGGUUGUCAGGAUCAUGGGCUUGUCGCUUAACGCAACGCACUGAUUUUGCAUAUGAAAAUCUUCGAUGGCAACCAAAAGAUUGUGAAUUAGAGGAAUUUCAAGGAUCAAAAUUUCUUACAAGGAUGCAACACAAAACUUUGGCAUUUGUUGGAGACUCAUUAGGCCGUCAACAGUUUCAGUCCUUAAUGUGCAUGAUCACCGGUGGUGAGGAAAUGCAAAAUGUGGAAGAUGUUGGAAUAGAAUAUGGAUUAGUUAAACCUGAGGGUGGUACUCACCCCCAUGGUUAUGCAUACCGUUUCAUAACCACUAAUACUACCAUUCUAUACUAUUGGUCUUCAACUCUCUGUGAUACUCAACCUAUUGAUCCUACUGAUCCGGAAUCAGAUGUUGCAAUGCACCUUGACCAGCCUCCAGCAUUCUUGCAGAAAUAUCUUCACAAGAUACAUGUGCUAGUUCUCAACACAGGUCACCAUUGGAAUCGAGGAAAGCUGAAAGCUAAUCGUUGGGUAAUUUAUAUUAAUGGUGUGCGAAGCACGGAGAAGGAGUUAGCAAUGAUUUGGCGCGCUAAGAAUUUUACUGUUCAUAGCGUGGUUAGUUGGGUGAAUUCACAGAUUCCGAAAUAUCCAAAUUUAAAGGUGUUCUUUAGAAGCAUCUCUCCAAGGCAUUUUGUUGGUGGUGAUUGGGACACAGGAGGCAGUUGUAAUAAUACUACACCAAUGUCAGUGGGAAAGGAGAUAUUAGAAGAAGAGUCUAGCGAUUUAAGUGUUGCAAGUGCUGUGAAAGGGACUGCAGUUAAGCUCUUGGAUAUAACAGCUCUUUCUCAACUUAGAGACGAGGCUCAUUUAUCACGUUUUAGAAUGACACCUAAUCCUGCUGCUGUUCAAGAUUGUUUACACUGGUGUUUACCUGGUGUUCCUGAUACAUGGAAUGAAUUACUCUUUGCACAAAUCUAGUUUAAUUUGCAUCCAAAGUUGAAACUGAAAAUGUUAUUUCUAUUUCUACCAAUUGGCUAAGGAAAGGUUGUGCACACUUUCAAUGCCUCAUCCAUCAGUUUGUUAGAUUAUGUAGUAAUGGGGUUCUCAGGAUAGUUUUUUUUUUCAUCGAAAUUGUCAACCUAAUACUGAGCAACUUGCUAUAUGCGGCAUUUAGUUUUCUCUAGAAUUUUUUGGAGGUCAUCCAAAUAUGAUGAGGUUUAUUUGUGUAAUCUUGGUAAAUAUAUAAUUUUUUCUUUUUCAAUGUAUGUUAUUCUUGUAUCCACAGAAAAGAUAU